UUUAUUUUUAACUAUCAAAUGCUUUAAAUUCGGUCUCCACAACCACUGUGUGUCUGUGUGUUCAGUCUCUUCCUCUUUUUACUCGUCUCUCAUCGAGGAGAGAGCCAUGACGGACGUUCAUUCCUUCAACAAUAUCUCCCUCAGUGGCCGCGGCGGAUCGAGCCCCGGACUACUCAAGAUCAACUCUGGAGGGAUUCAAUGGAAGAAGCAAGGCGGUGGCAAAGCUGUGGAAGUCGACAAAUCCGAUAUUGUAGGUUUGAGCUGGAUGAAGGUUCCGAGGACUAACCAGCUUGGUGUCAAAACCAAAGAUGGGUUGUACUAUAAGUUCAUUGGCUUUCGUGAUCAGGAUGUUGCGAGCCUGACUAGUUUUUUCCAAAGCGCGUUUGGGAAAACACCUGAGGAGAAACAGCUUUCUGUUAGUGGUCGUAAUUGGGGAGAGGUUGAUUUGAAUGGGAACAAUCUGACGUUUUUGGUUGGUGGGAAGCAAGCUUUUGAAGUGUCUCUGGCUGAUGUUUCACAGACUCAGCUUCAAGGGAAGAACGACGUCUUGUUGGAGUUUCAUGUUGAUGAUACUGCUGGUGCUAAUGAGAAAGACUCGUUGAUGGAGAUAAGUUUUCAUAUUCCUAAUACCAACACUCAGUUUGUUGGUGAUGAGACUCGUCCCCCUGCUCAAGUUUUCCAUGACAAUAUCUUGAAAGUGGCUGAUGUUGGCGCUGGAGUUGAGGAGGCUGUCGUCACUUUUGAGGGUAUUGCAAUCCUCACUCCCAGGGGUCGGUACAAUGUGGAGCUUCACCUUUCUUUCUUGCGUUUGCAAGGACAAGCGAAUGACUUUAAAAUUCAAUACAGUAGUGUUGUCCGCUUGUUUCUGCUUCCAAAGUCAAACCAGCCACACACGUUUGUUGUUAUCUCUCUAGACCCACCAAUCCGGAAAGGUCAGACCCUGUACCCCCACAUUGUGAUGCAGUUUGAGACCGACUCCGUUGUCGAAAGUGAGCUCUCAAUUAGUGAUGAUCUUAUGAAUACAAGGUUCAAGGACAAGUUGGAGCGAUCAUAUAAGGGUCUCAUUCAUGAAGUGUUCACUACCGUGUUGCGUUGGCUGUCUGGUGCGAAGAUCACUAAACCAGGGAAGUUCCGCAGUUCCCAAGACGGGUUUGCAGUGAAAUCAUCUCUCAAGGCAGAAGAUGGUGUUCUUUAUCCUCUCGAGAAGGGCUUCUUCUUUUUACCUAAACCUCCAACGCUUAUACUUCAUGAUGAGAUCGACUAUGUGGAGUUUGAAAGACAUGCUGCUGGUGGUGCUAACAUGCAUUACUUCGAUCUUUCCAUAAGACUCAAAACCGAUCAUGAGCAUCUGUUCCGGAAUAUUCAGAGGAAUGAGUAUCACAAUCUCUAUUCCUUCAUAAGCUCUAAAGGUUUGAAGAUUAUGAACCUUGGAGGUGCGGGUACCGCAGAAGGUGUAGCUGCUGUUCUUCAGGAUAACGAUGAUGACGAUGCUGUUGACCCUCAUCUUGAGCGUAUCAGAAACCAAGCUGCUGAUGAGAGUGAUGAGGAGGACGAAGACUUUGUUGGGGCUGAGGAUGACGACGGUGGCUCACCGACUGAUGAUUCUGGCGAGGACGAUGACUCUGAUGCUAGUGACGCUGAUGGAGGCGAGAAAGAGAAAUCGUUUAAGAAGGAGCCCAAGAAAGAGGCUUCGUCUUCAAAAGGAUUGCCUCUGAAGAAGAAAGCGAUGGCCACAGAAGAAGGUGGCAGUAGUAAGAAGAAGACGCAGAAGAAGAAGAAGGAUCCCAAUGCACCUAAAAAGGCAAUGUCUGGUUUCAUGUACUUCUCUCAAAUGGAAAGAGACAACAUAAAGAAGGCUAACCCAGGAAUAGGGUUUGGAGAGAUAGGAAAGGUGCUUGGAGAUAAGUGGCGUCAGAUGUCUGCUGAGGAAAAGGAGCCGUAUGAAGCUAAGGCGCAAGUUGACAAGAAGCGAUACAAGGAUGAGAUUAGUGAUUACAAGAACCCUCAGCCCAUGCUUGUAGACUCUGGAAACGACUCCGACAGUAACUAAAACUCCGAUGGACAUGUUAUCUUCUUGUCUGCUUGCUAUUCAUCUUUAACUAGUGUGUGUUUUCAAUGUAGCGAGACUUGGGUUACCCAACUAGUGAACUUAUGUUGAACUUUAGAUGCGUUCAGUGAAUCAAACUUCUACUCAUAACAAAAA